AUUCUUUACCUUCCAGUGUGACCGCACUUCUACUAUACAUCGCGAAUGUGACACGAUGCAAGAUGCUUGCUAGAUCAUGAAUAUUUACAUAUUUUAACAGGGGGAAGUGAUUAGUGACACCUCUUUUACCUAAUGCCGGCUUCUACACAUUGUUAGCGACAUGUGAGGAAUAUUCCUAAUUGCCUUAUGACGAAAUGACGUGCAAAUAAAAUGCUUGCUGCUACCCCAGUCAAGUCUACAUCCUCUGCUGCCUUCCACAAUCUUUUUGGGGUCUUGUCGACGGCUGACAGUGCUCCCCCACCAUCUAACUUGUCAGCAAUCGCAUCUGGAAGCUCUGAGGGCUCUCAUACUCAGGAGGCUCACUCUCCCUUGUCCCUAACACAAUCACAUGCAGGGCAGGCAGACAUGACUGAAAUAUUAACUCAUCUGCGCUCUAUUCCUACUAGACAGGAUUUGCAACACGACCUGCAAUCCCUGGAACAGAGAACUCAGGAUGCUGUCAAGAUCCUUCUGGACUCUACUCAAUCAGAUCUCACUCACAUUGGUAACUGAGUGGUUACGCUGGAAGAUCAUAAUGACCAGGUGGACUCUAGACUAGUCGAGGUCGAUAAGGUGGUUAAUCAUCAAUCCUGUCUAUUGAUUGAUAUGCAGGUGCUGCUAGACGACUUGGACAAUAUAGGGUCUCGUAACAAUCUAAGAGUUUGAGGCAUACCUGAAGAUGUCCCUCCAGAGGGUAUUGUGGACGCCCUUAGAAAAAUCUUUAACAAACUACUGGAGGCAGAUCCUAAUGGGGAGAUUAUGUUUGGCCAAGCCCAUCGGGCCCUGCGCCCUAAGGAUUUACCCUCGGAACAUCCUCGAGACAUUAUAUGCCGCUUACACUACUUUACAAUCAAAGAAAAAAUCUUGCAACAGGCACGUCGCAUAAAGGAAAUUAAUUUGAAUGGCAAGUCCAUCCAGAUAUUCCAGGAUCUUUCCUGGCACACACUGCAACAAAGACGUUUACUUCAUCCACUCACUGAGGAACUCUGCAAGAAGAAUCUAAAAUUUCGAUGGGGCUAUCCACUUAGUGUUCAAGUUUUCCAUGAAGGAACUGUCCACACGGUGCAAAUACCAGAAGAUGUCUCAGUGUUCUGCUCUUCCCUGGGUCGCCCCCCGGUUUCCUUGCCUAAUUGGUUGGACCUUCCUCAUUUGCCAGCAACACCCCAAUCCCGGAGGGAAAUGUAGCAGGUCCCUCGUACCUCCAGGAGAUGAGGCGUAGCUCCCAGGCCAUGGAGGAUACUGCAGUCCCUUAACUCCUAAUCCUUAUAUCCUUAUUUUUUAUGCUUUAUUACCCUGUGUCUGAAGCAUGUAUAAAGGGCGAUGGGUGCUGCUCUCUGCAUCUGCUCCCGGGGGGUCGUAACCAUUGAAAACAAGCGAUACCUCUUUGUGCAGAAGCUGGGUGAGGGAGGAUUUAGCUAUGUAGAUCUGUUUGAAGGGGUCCAUGAUGGUAGGUUCUAUGCCGUGAAACGCAUAUUGUGCCACGACCGGGAGGAUCGUAAGGAAGCUCUUCAUGAGGUGGAAAUGCAUCGAUUAUUUAAUCACCCUAAUAUCUUGCCUCUAGAGGCGCACUGCAUGAUGGAGAAGGGGCCCAAAUGGGAGGCCUGGCUGCUGCUUCCAUUCAUUCAGAGGGGGACUUUAUGGAAGGAGGUUGAAGGAUUGCGAGAUAAGAAUACAUUCCUGUCAGAGGAGAAGAUUCUGUACAUUUUACAUGGCAUAUGCAUGGGACUGAAAGCUAUUCAUGACCAGGGAUAUGCUCACAGAGAUUUGAAACCCACCAAUGUGCUGCUAGAGGAGGAGGACAGACCUCUGCUAAUGGAUCUGGGGUCUAUGAACCACGCACGUAUCGAGGUGACGGGAUCCAGACAGGCAAUGGCAGUGCAGGAUUGGGCUGCACAACGAUGUACCAUCUCCUACCGGGCACCAGAGCUAUUCAAUGUCAGCAGUAACUGUGUGAUUGAUGAAAGGACAGAUAUCUGGUCUCUUGGCUGUGUGCUGUAUUCCAUGAUGUUUGGGGAGGGCCCAUACGACAUGAUCUUCCAGAAAGGUGACAGUGUGGCUCUGGCUGUCCAGAAUAAUCUUUCAAUCCCUGAAAAUAACAGGUACUCCCAGGAAUUACAGUUACUUCUCUCCUCCAUGAUGGUGGUUGAUCACCUAGAUAGGCCGUACAUCUCCACGAUAAUCACCCAACUAGAGGCUCUGAACCCUGUGGUAGAUGGACAGGCUACCACUAGGAUAUGAUGUAAUAGGAAGGUACCUCCCUCAAGUGCUGCUUCUAACAGACUACAGUGCACCCUCAGCCACAGGACCAGUGUCAUACUGUGGGGUAUUGCAUAUGACGUCAGGGGGAAUUGGUGGACUGUAGCAAGACUUCGGGUUUAUGGUUUCUGUCUAAACACUUUUUUGUUGCUUUUUAUGAAUUGUUUUUAUUUCCAAUGUUUUAAGAACAUUUUAUAAUGUAAUGUCAUGAACUGAUAACUUGACCUCUGAGUGACAUCACCUGGAUGGGUGCUGCUCAUUUAUCUACAGGUGGUAUAGACUGCACAGUGCUAAGACUCCAGUUCUGUCUUCUAGGGGCUGUUAAUCUUAGGCCAGUGUCCCGUCUCUGACCUCUGGAGCAUGAUCCUGUAUGCUGUGUAUGACCUUCAUGUUUUGUCUCACCUGUCCCUUUAAAGGGAACUCAUGAUUAAAACUCAUGUUUGGAUUGUA